GUGUAAAGUAGUGUAAACGAACAACGAACGACUAAAUACAAAAGUUCGUCCACUGCUGAUGCUUUCGCCCGAACUUUCUUUGACUCCAAAAAAUAAAUAUACGCCGGAUAAGACGAGGUUCGGAGCAGGGUUUGUAUCUUUAAAAUUUCCACAAUGUACGAGCAGAAGCGCCCCAAACCUGGAGAAGACGAGGAAGCGAUUCUCGCCCUCGAAAAAGACUUUAUUUCGAGUGUCCAGUCUAGACAAGGCAAAUUCAAACCUGCAGCUACAGCAGUUCGAAAAGAUAAGAAGGGGACAAAUGAGAGUAUAAAUAUGACAGGUCCAGUAGAAACAACCUCAUCCACAUCAAAAAAACAAACCAGUGGUGAUCAAAAUGACGUUGAAUGUGAGAGCGAUGAUGAGAAAAUUGAGGGGACCGGGACAGAGGCCUCAGCAAUAGAGGACGAGAAUGAAGUUGUCAUUCAAAACACGAUAGUUGAAAGAACAUUUGACGCUUCUAAACUCUUGGUGUUUUCCACUCCACAACAACAACCCCUAGGAAGUGUUAAAACGGUUGGAAAGUCAUUGUUUUCCAAGGGAGCGGUUCUACCGAACUCUAAGAUGUCGCGUAAAAGCAUGUUUGCUCAAAUGUUUGAUGCACGAUAUUCUGAAAAUAAUCAUGACACAAGUACACCUGGAGCCUCCUCUUCUUUAGUUGACAGUAGUACUACACAAUUAUCAACUGAAAGUGUCCCUUCUAGUGGUAAGGCAAAGCCACCUGUAAUUGGUGAUAUGAUUCAUCCAUACCUGGCUGGAAUGACGCAAGCUGAAAUAAUGGUGGAACAACAAAAAUUGGUUCAAACUCUGGAUCCACGACUUGUGGAAUUCGUCCGUUCACGACAAGCUAAAAAGCAAAUAAUAAUUGAUUCCAACGAUAAGAUAGGAUAUGCAUUGCCUAUGGAGAGACCAGCAUCAAGGAACUCGGAUAAAGUUGUGAACGAUGUUCAUUUUCCAACUAUUUCCAAUUAUCACGACAUGGACGAAUCUGAUUUGCCAAUUGACCCAAAAAGUGUAAUUUCAUUUCCUGGGAUGGGCCAUCUAGAAUAUGAAAAAUUAGAGUGGGCUGGGGUUGUGAAGGAAAACAGGAAAAAGUUUGACAAGUUGGGAGAAGGAAAAAAUGCGAGAUUUGAUUUUCGAGGGAUGCUGUUAACAGGAAAAGAUUUGGAAGACACAAAUACUUUCGAAAAGGGGUUACAUCAUCAUGGGGAAGACAUGGAAAAACCUGGAUACACGCUGGAAGAACUGUUAACAUUGUCUCGUUCAGUGAACAGCCAGCAGAAGGCACAAGCGUUAUUAACCAUUGGGAACAUUUAUGAAAAUGCACACACAGGAAUGUAUGACUUCGUUUUGGAAAAGAGCUUGUUUGAACUUUGGGAGCACAUGGACUUUGUGUAUGCUCUUCGAAAAGGGUUGGACGAAGGGGAUAAAACUUCAAUUAAUGAAGCAGUACACUGUUUAUCGAAUAUUAUGUACCCCUGGGAAGAGGAGUUCUGUUUGGACUUUGUGCACUCAUGGGAGUAUUCCAAGCCAUAUCCCUGGAUUUCAACAAAAUCUCGAAAUCUUGCAGACUCCUUGGAUCCUGGCGAAGAUGAAGUUGAUCUUAAGGAUGAAGAAAUGCUCAAGAUUGACUUUUUGGAGUUUUUUAUAAAUAGAUCAAACUUGUUGGAUCGAAUAGCGUACUUUUUGAAGGGAGAAGACUGUCUGAGUGAGAAAGGGAUGGCUGGAAUUUUUAAAAUGUUGAUACGAGUUGCACGUCACUCUCCAAAUAUCCUUGUUGAUCACGAAGUUCUGAGUAUUAUAGUCAAGAACUACAUUUCUCCAAUUUUGAUUUAUAGUUCAGCUCCCACUUUGCAAGGCGUACCUGUAUGGAUGGCAUUCAAAAUUUUUAGAAUUCUCAUAGACUCGAGUUCAGCCAAUGCUUACAAAAUUUAUGAGCACUACAACAUUUUUCCAUCUGUAAUUUCCUAUUUGGCAUUUGAUGAUUGGAAGUCUCUCGUGGUGAAAUGUCCUCAAUUCAUUAUAGUCGAGUCGUUUCGUAUUUGGAUUGCCUUUAUUUCACAUGGCAUUGCAAUUGAGGAAUAUAGGAGUUUCUUCCCUGUACUGAUGAAAUUCUUUGUUUUGUAUCAAUCUAUUGAUCAAUUAUCGUCAUUUGACCUAGUGCAUAGUGGAUACGUAUUUACUUUACUUUUGGCAAUUUUGAAAAUGCGAGACGAAGCAUUUGAUGUCAGGGAACAGGACAAACAUUCUCAUUGGACGCUUGUGAAAGAUUGUGUUGAAUGGGUUGAAAAAACGGCCAUUAAAUUGAUAACCAUUAUUUCUUCCCCUCAUCUUGAAGCAACUUAUGACCAAACAACGCUAUUUUGGUCUCUCUCUAAAGCAUUAUUGUUCUUGACUGAAUCUACAAUGUACUCAGAUCAAAAGAUUUCGGAAGCAUUGAUAAAUGUUAUGAAAUUGUUUUUGAGUACAACAGUUUAUGGACGUAUCACGUCUCAACUAAGGGAACAUUCUGUUAUUCUUUCUUCUCAGGACACAUCAUCCAGAUAUCCCAGUAAUUUCGCAUCGGUUAAUGCACUAUAUUUUGGAGGAAAUUGCAAUCCCGUAAUUGUGUUUGGGAACGCUUUGGCACUCCUCACCUCGAUAUAUGGAUUUAUCAGAUUCACUACCGAUAGAAUCCCAUUAUCAACUGUUAUAAAUGCAAACGUGGACGAGUACGUGAACGACCUGCUUAAUUCAACACUGUCAAAAUUACCACCUAGUUUUUUCGUCCGAUAUGAAUUAACAAUUAUUCUGAGGCUUCUUGAGCUUUACCCUUUAAACUCACCUAUACGAUUUUGUCUAGCAUAUAGAGCCGCCUCUGAAGCACCAAAGUGUUGCUCAAAAUUGUUUAACAACUUGUUUCAAAUUGCAUUGUGCUCAAGUUGUAACGAAAGUGAAAUACCAAUGUGCAAUAAAAUUUAUGGUGGAUACUUACUACUGGACGAAUCUCCAUCGAUUCCUACAACGGAAACUUCCGACGAUGAUACAGCAGGCGUGCCCAAGAAGAAGGUCAAAUUUUCUCGUGAUACGAAAGCGAACGAUGGACCAGUCACAACAAAUUUUCUAUUUGAAAAGUGGUCAGAACGUUCACUUGAGACGUAUUGGAUUUUGGAACCCAUGCAAAGAAUUCGUACAAUAGUAUCCAGCGCUCCAGGCUUCUUGUCAAAAAAUCUUGAAGAAAUUGAAAUGCAAUGCAAAAUUUGUUUGCAACUAAUUGAUAAAUGUCUUCAGAAAUAUUCAGAUUUUGUUAUCCGGACGAAAAAGGACUUUCUGGAAGUUUACUGUGCUGUGUGCCAAGUAUUUCUCAUGGGUGACCCUAGAAUUUACAUAGGAAGAAAUAUAAGUGCAACAUUAGCUCGAAUCCUAAAUUCACUGUUGACAUGUUCUGUCGUAAGAAAAUUCGAAACCAAAGGCAUAUUUUCAACGCACAGUCAAAUCCAUGGACUACCAAAUAUGUUUCUAGAUUUUUAUCCGGAUUUGAUUAGUGAAUACUCGGAAAAUUCAUAUUUUAAUGAAGUAUUUGCCAAUUAUUUAAUGCUUCCGCUAAGGAUUCCUGAAGAUGCUCGAUUAAGGUCAAAUUUUUGGAUAAUGGAAACCAUAAAGUUUUUGAAAAUCAGAAAUUCGACGUCAUUGAUACCUCUUGAAUAUUUGACAUCUGGAAUAGAAAGCAAUUCUACGUUACUACAUAUUUACUUGAAGCUAUUACACUCUGGCCAAAUUACAAAGGAUCGUAACGAAUUCUUGUUCAACGUCAUUACAACAAAUAUUCAAAAUGCACUCAAUAGUGCCUCCGUCGGUAAUUCGGAUGGUCAAAUGGACCAGCUUAAAGAAAAUUUCCUUCAACUGAAGGUCUAAUAUUUUAUUUUAUUCGAUUUAAUUUAACACACAUUUGUGGAACGUUACAAUGGCACAUUAUUAUGGAGAUUUUUUGUAUAUAUCUUUUUAUCAAGCUUAAAUUAAAUCAGAAUUUAAAAAAGCUUCUA